GUACUGUUAACGAAUACCAUUUCUUUUCUGUGACUGUUAUAUGCAUAGCUAGUUUUUAAUGACUGUUUAUAAAACAUUAGUGAUAGUCGUACCAGAAAUCUUUACUUGAAGAUAGAGGCGAAAAUAUUUACCAAAAUGUAAUUAUUGCCUAUCGUCGAAAGGCGACGAAACCGUUAACAUUUGGUACGAUAUACUCUAACUGAGAAACUAUUAUACGCAUGUAAGGACGUUUCACGUUUUGAUUUUUUACACGAGUAGAAAUGUGCGUAUUUGGUUGUGCACUUUCAGGCGUUGCUGUAUCUUGCAAAUAUACAUGAGAAAAAAUAUAGUGCGAAAUAAGUAGCUCUGAAUGUAUGGAUGACCAUACGUAGUGUGAUAGUUAUGAACAGUCGUGGACUGCGGACACAGCAGAUAAUCCAAUGUGGCUUUGCUUUAAAAACAAACAAGAUGAAUAAACAUUAGAAGAGAAAUGUUGGAAGACACAAGUGCUGAACUAAUUCUUGCAGAUCUAAGUGUAAUGUUUAAUAGUGCUGUUUGGAGUAUACUUUGUACAUUUGACUUUAUUCAAAUUCCAUUUGAAUGAAUAAUGCCUUCAUCAUGCCACUUCUUAAAAAUGUUUGUGUCCAAGCACUCUUUGACUUCAGUUAUAAUACAGACAAAGGAUUCUCUGUUCAUUUGAAGAAAGGAAAAGAGUAUCAACUUCUUGAGAAAACAAACAAAGAUUGGUGGUUGAUCAGCGAUGGAACAAGUCAGUCAUUUCAUGCUCCUUCAAAUUAUUUGAAAAUAACACAUGUAAAUAAAAAAGUGUCUGCUGAUAAUUGCAGCAAUAUUGAUACUGAUAAUAACUCUAACUUUCUAAGUAAAUAUGGUAGCACAAAUAAUCAGGUAUCAGAUGUCACAUCUGAAACUAUAGAUACAAAAGUAAGAUUGAAAACUCUAGAAGAUUCUAAAAAUGGGUGUGAAUCAAAGCUAGAGCCUGCAUUGAUAGAAAAAGUUUUCACUCAGAGUGAAGUCCCAUUUUUGAAACUUAUAAACAGUACUGGUGUUAAGACUGACUGUCCUUUAAGUGCAAAUGAAAACAAAAUGGUUGGUAUAUCUGUUGAUAGUGACAAAUUUGCAAAAUACUUAUCUGUUGAAGAUGGAGAAAAAAAUAUAGCUGAUCAAAUGUCUAGUUUUUCUCAGGGAAAAAGUGGAUCAUUAAGUAGUCAGGACAGUCUGCUUGAGGAUUCUGAGGAUCCUAUUUAUGCUAAUUUGGCCACUUUAGCUAAGUCAACACCACCUUUUCCAGGGCCAAAGGAUCACCUUCGUCGAAUUCUUUUGAACCACUGGGCUGAGUACGAAGAUGAGACAGGCAGGUUAUUUUAUUACAAUAGAAUCACCAGAGCUAAGUCAUGGGAUAUUCCUGGACAGUUGUCCUUCUUAGUAGUUCAGUCUCCUACUAGUCCAAAGCCAUUCCAGAAAUGUGAAAGUCAGCAUGGUGAUAAUGGCACUGAUAAAAUUAGCUCUUCGGAAACUUCCAUAAAUAAUUUUCAAACAUCUAAUUCUUUAUUGGAACAAGAAAGUUCAAGCUCUCUUAAGCUGCCUCCUGGAUGGUUACAGAGGAUAGAUGGUGAAACUGGAGACAUUUGUUAUGUUAAUGAUCUUUCUAGUAGCAAGUGGUUUAGCUCUCUGGAUGACAAUGGUAGACCAUAUUACUAUGAAGACAAUGGAAUGGUUUCUUUUUGGCAGUUACCUGAUUUCACUAAAGCUGAGGGCAAGGAAAUCAAGAAUAUUGGAAAUAAGCCAUAUCUUUCUCCUUGUGACCUGGAUGAAACUGAUAGUUUUUUUAAACCACUGGAAACAAUGUCUCUGCCAUCUCCUGUGCUUGACAACACUUCUCCACAUGAAAUGAAGUUUCCAGCUGAAAGUUUUUUUAAUGAAACAUUGGAUGUGAAGAAAGGAGGAAUACUCAUGAUGACAAAAGUGGAAGAAGGGGGAAAACGACUAAAGAAAAAUUGGUCUUCAUAUUAUGUGGCGUUAACAGAUGUAGCAUUGCUCUGUUACAAAGAUGUCCAGUCAACAAUUGUGGCUCUGAAGGAUUGCAAGGCAGAAAGUUGUGUGAAUUUAGCAGGUGCUGCCAUUUAUUGGUGUCCAGAAAAAUCAUCAAAGAAAAAUGUAUUCCUGAUUACUACUAUCUUGGGACAGAAAAUACUAUUCCAGGAUGACAGUUUCCAAAUUACUGCUGAAUGGUAUCAAGCAAUUCAAGCUGUAAUAUCUAAACUACCAUCAUCUGAAAGCUUGAAGUGUGAUGAAAUUGUACCAGAUGAAGUAAAAGAAAAUCUCAAAAGUGAACCCAAGAAAAAAAACAGAUUUCUUCCUUCUAGAUCACCAAAAUUGGAUCAGAUAAAAGAAACAAAUGAAAGUGUUUUUAAAAGUUCUGGAGAGAAAAAAAAGAUCCAUAACAAACUUCGAAACUUUUUCAACAAACGUCCAUCCAUGGAAAGUUUAAAGAAAAAAGGAAUUUUGAAAGAUGAACCAGUAUUUGGCUACAGUCUACAAAGUUUGUGUGAAAGAGAGAAAACCAACAUUCCCAAUUUUGUUCAGAGAUGCAUUGAACAAAUUGAACAGUUUGAUCUCACCACUGAUGGAAUAUAUAGAAUAAGUGGUAAUUUGGCACAAAUUCAGAAGCUCAGGCUACAUGUUGAUCAAGAUGAUUAUUCCAUCCUACAGACAACGGAAGAUAUUCAUAUACUGACUGGGGCUCUAAAACUUUUUUUCAGAGAAAUGAAAGAGCCUUUAAUACCAGUAUCUACUUUUAGUCGAUUAUUAGAAGGUCUUGGAAAGCAAACUAAGGAAAAGAAGUUAGCAACUGUCACUGAAGUAGUUCAAUCUUUGCCAAAACCUAACUAUGAAACUUUGAAAUUUUUGCUUGAUCAUCUACUCAGAGUCGAAAAGCACCAACAGAAAAAUUUAAUGGACAUCCAGAAUCUAGCAAUUGUGUUUGGACCAAGUCUAAUGAAUUCUGAGUCAAACAACAUGGCAUUAGAUGUAAUGCAGCAGAACAGAGUACUUGAGUAUUUACUUCUGAAGUUUGAUCACAUUUUUUCCACUCCACUAAUUUACUAAUAAACUUUAACCUGACAUGCUGAAGAUCUGUUUUUGUAAGGAUUUAGCAAGUGCUUCCAUUUGUUUGGUUUAAUAGAUAUAUAGUAACUGUGUAAUCAUUUACAAACUGUUUGUAAUGAGUGAUAUACCUUGUAUUUCAUUGAUUGAUCUAAAUUGUAUUACACCAUGAAAUUCAUUCUUGUGUAUAAAAUAUGUAAAAGGUUGAAAAUUCUUGUCCAUGUUUUGCGAUGCACAGAGGUAACGCAUUACAGUGUAUUAACGUUGUUAGUUGAUAACCACAUUUUCAUGAUGAUAGUUUUUAUAACAAAAUAUUUUCUUUGGCAGCAAACAUUUUAGGUAUGUAUAGCAAAAAUUAUAUUUAAAAAAAUUGUUUAAACCUGGUUGCAGAUUUUGUUGAUUUUUUGUGAGUUUAUAUUAAGGUUGCACAACACUAAGAAAAUAGUUUGUUUUUGAAUGUCUCAAGCCAUCAACUGUUUAAAUUUUAUUUGGUUAUUUUCUUUCUUAAUAGUUUUAGUUAAAGAACUUUUCACUGACAAACAGUUUUAAGAAGUAAAAAAAUCAUAUAUUUUUGCAGCUUUCUUUUACUGUUUCAAAACCUCAUAUCAUUAUUAUAUUAUCAAUACAUCCAUAUAUCUUUCAGAGGUUCUUGUACAUUCAGUGUUUUGGUUUAAAAAAACGUUGGCGUUAAAAGGGAAAGUUUUUUUGUUCUGCAUUGUUUUGAAACAACUCAGAGAAAAAAUUGUAAAUGCAUCUUAUAGAGGAUAUGCAAAAUGUUACAUCUCAUUUCAUAAUGACAAAGUUCUUGAACAAGGUUUUUAUUAAUAAUUUGAUUUUUCUUUUGGUCUUUAAAUUAACUUCUUUUGUUUUUUUGCUUGAUGUUUUUUGAUUUGUUGUUUACUUGUUUUAUAAACUACAGUUGAAAGACAAACUUUUAUCCCUCAUAUGGGCUUAGCAGUUAUAAAUCAUGGAAGUUUUCAUGUAACUCACAUUUAUUGAUGUGCUAAUGGUAAACUAGGGUUAAAUUUGUAACCAAUAAAGUGUGCUUGCAUGUGUGUGUAAAUAUAUAUACUUAGAAAUGAAAACUUUAUUCCAUAUGUGCACAGUAUUAGUUUGACUGGCUUUUUAACAAGAAAAGCUUUGUUUUAACUCUUUUAAAUCCAUAAUUGUUUGCAUGUUCUGUUGCAUUAAUUUUCUAAUAAUUAUCACCAUACCUUAUAAAUCAUCAAUUUUCUUAAUUUUGUGUAUAAUAACAUGAACUGGAUUAGUUUUCAGCCAAAGAGACAUAAAGUUUAUCGGAUGCUGUCACCAUCUAAUGGGUAAAUCAGGGUUUUUAGGCUAGAUGCUGGAAGCAUCUGCUCAGGUUUGAGGAUUUAAAGAUUUGUGUCCUUACAUAAUGCUGUGAAAAUUGAAUUAGAUAUUAAGUGCUCAUAUACUUUCAGGGACUGGAUCUUUUAGGACAAGGAAUCAUAAAAACAUUAACUUGUCAGAAAUAUUAUUUUUAUUAUUAACUAUAGUUUUGAAACUAAACAUUCCAAAGUUUUGUAGUCACUUUUAAAUUAUAUCAAACUAUGUUUCCUUUAUUAGAAGAAGUAUGUGCUUUGUGUUACAUUAAAUCAAAACAAAAAUAUACCAAGUGAUAUGUAUAAUGUAUUCUUUUAUUGUUGUUUUUUGGGCAAUAAAUAGGUCAGAAUGGUUUUUACCUUGAUGUUUAGAAUUUGCACCUUUAAUAUUUUUAAAGAUGUUAAUGUUAAUAACAGAUUUUCAAUUUUUUCAUUUUUCAAACAUUUCUAAUUAUUUUUAAAUGAAACUUUAGAGAAACACUAGCAAGUGGUAGACUUCCUUCAUCAGAAGUCAAGUGAGAAAGUACUCAGGUAUAUUAAAGUAUGAGUGAUUUUUGUGAUCUUCUAAGCCUUUUCAAAUGUGGAUAAAAACUGAGUAAAUUGUUCAGAUACACACUAAAAGUAUUAUCAUCAUUACUGUUCUAAUACAUGUAAAUUAUGAUAUUAAACUGCUGUCAAUUAUUGUAAGACACUGAGACAUAUGUUCUCUUAAAUGUAAAAUAUGUAAUGAAACAUGUUUUAUUGCAUGUUAAUUCUUAUUAUUAUUUUGUAUUAGAGAUUUCAUAUUAUUAUGAUCCUGGGUCUAGAUAAUGUUUGAGCAUGAGUAUUUGUGACAUUCAAAGUAUUUAAUUUUAUAAUACAUUAUUCAUGAAUUCCCAGAAGAACAGUUAAUCACAAUUUAGAAACCUUUAAUGAACUUCAGGCAGGAAAACAUUCUUUUAAUUUGUUUUUAAUCAAUUGAUGCAGAUAUGUUGUUUGUAAAUAUUAUGUUUAUGAAUGGAAAAAAAUUAGAACAAAUUUCUUUUUAUUUGGUAUGCUAAAGUUUAUAAGUAGUUUAUAGAAGUAUUCUAGUCAAGAAUGUGGAAGUUUAUUGUAACAAUGUUAGAUUCAUUGUAACAGAUCACAAUAUAGAAUAUUUUAGUUUGAAGAAAAUACAGUGAAAUUUCUUAAUAUACUAAAGUACUUGAAAAUAUUAUUGUAAUACACAGACAAGUUCUUGAAAAGGGGGUUGUAAUGCAAUAAAAUGGAAAUGCACUAAAUAGCUGAAUCAGACAUUCAGUUCCAACUACCAUAUGUGGCAGUGCUUUUUGACUAUACUGAAGAAUUAGUAAAAUGUUGCCAGUGUUUUUUGAAAAUUGUACAUAACUCCCUAAUUUGAUGUAUUGGAGUUUGAAGAUGUUCCUGAAAAUAAAAUUUAUUUUAUGACA